AUGGAUUCAAAGUGGAAGACAAUCAUGAUCAUCUUCAUUAUUCACGGCUUACUAGAAACCCAAGCUGGAUCUGCUUCUCCACGAGAUGAUGGUACAAGUGAUCAGGAUCUGUGUGACGCUGGUUGGACACGUAACGGUAAUGCAUGCUACCAACUAGUUGAAUCUACCGUCAACUAUACUACAGCCCUUGAUGCGUGCAGAAAUCUCAAUGACUACGGUGAUCUGGCGAGCGUAGCUGAUCAAGACGAAAGCAACUUUACUCUCGCAUUAUUGAGAUGCACCUUUGAUACGAAUUAUUACUGGAUUGGGUUCAAUGACCUCGAUGAAGAGGGAACUUGGGCCUGGACUGAUGGCUCAGUUUCAUCCUAUACCAACUGGUAUUCUGGAGAACCAUCUGGUGGAUCUGAUCAUUGUGGUGUAUUACGAAGGAGUUCAGACGGCACAUGGUAUGAUGCAGGCUGCUCGUCAACAUACGGCUACAUCUGUAAAUACCCGCUAAACACCAUUUCCUGUGCUGAAUGGAAGCGUAAAGGCUAUACAUCUAAUGGAUACUACACAAUAGAUCCUGAUGGGAGAAAUAAUGGAGUCGAUCCAUACAGAGUACACUGUGAUAUGACUACGGAUGCUAGCACAGGAAUCACGACGUUCGAGCACCAGGAGGCGAAUCGAUCUUUGGUAACAGGUGCAGAAGUGGCUUUUAGUUUCGUCCGAAAUAUUACCUAUGGUGACAAGUCGGUUGAUCAAGUGGCUACCGGUGCCGAUAUCAGCGGGGAGUGCUACCAAUAUAUCAAGUACGAAUGCCAUCAUUCCCAUUUGACUGGCUAUACUGCUUGGUAUGACAGAGAUGGAAAGCUGAAGAACUACUGGGGUGGAGCCACGGUAGACAGCGGGCAGUGCGCUUGUGGAAUCUCAGGUUCAUGUACCAACGGUCACCCAUGCAACUGCGAUACCAAUGACAAUACCUGGAGAGAGGACUCGGGGUAUCUUACCGAUAAGACUUCUUUACCUGUUACUGAAAUGAGGUUUGGUGACACAGGAAGCACCAGCGAGUACGGGUAUUAUACGCUAGGACCAUUAUACUGCAAGGGAGAUGAAUCUUUCCUUGUGACGGGUCGUACAGAUUUCAUGUUCAUCAAAGAAAGGCAUCUUAGUGGUUACAACAACGCAGUCCUGUCUAGCAUCACGGUUGAAGAAUGCGCCACGGCCUGUGUGUCAGCCUCCAGCUUCAUAUGUAGAUCGUUUGACUAUACUCCAUCCUUAAGCAAGUGCCAUCUCAGUGGGGAGAAUGACUUGACUGUUGACCCAUCUAGCGAUCCUGUUCAUCACCUGUUUGUCCGAAUCAUGGACCGAAUUGAAGACCCAUUUACUGGUGAGUAA